AUGUAAACUUCACCUCCUUUUUCACAUAACCAUUCAAACCCACUCUUGAUGAAAGAUGACGUUGGAAAAGCCAAACCAUCUACAUACAACCUUCCUAAUCAAGACUUCAUUUAUGGACAACCAUUAUCGAGAGACAAAGAAGGAGCCAAAGAAGGUAUUUAUCACAACCUCAAUCUACCCAAGUUACCAUGACAUGGAAAUUUCAUCAGGAAUCUCAAGAUAGAGUACCCAAUAGAGAUUUUGCUGAACUCAAUAAACAAUCUAUACACAAUGGCUCAGUCAAAGCACAUGUAACUGAUUCACUUAUUACUCUUCCAGGAUAUGUACAAGUAUAGACAGACUCACGAUGCCAGACUUUAAAUAAAGAAGGGUACAAAUAUUCAGGCCANGA